GUUGAAAUUAUCGAAAUGGGGAAUAGAAGGGGUUCUGAAUCAAGUAUAUCAUCGGUAGUUAGAAGGAUGGAAAAACAUAGUAUCCAAUCUCAAGAUUUGCCAGAAAUUAUAGAAGAAGAUAUGUCAGAUGUAGAUGAUAAUGAAGAUGGUGAAGGUAAUCGUCCAACAGACCAAAGCAUUAUCCCUUUAGAAAAAGAAUCCCGUAAAAGACCUAGUAAAGAUACCCCUGAAAAUAAAUUAUCUAGUAAGAAAGUAAAGACUAAAGAUGGAAAUGUAUCUAUGUUAAAAAAACUUAUUGAGAAGCUGAAAUCGCCAACUUCUUCAACAAGUAGUACCACUUCUCAGGCUGAAUCCAUCACAAGCCCAAGUAAUUUUUCCGAUUUAUACAGUGCAAUUGUUAAGGCUGAAGAACAAAUUGAAAGUGUGAAUCAAGAAAUUAUUAUAUGCUAUUUUGCUUUUGGAAAAAAGCUUAAGAAAGAACGAUUAUCUAUUUCCAGAAUAAUCCAUGAGAUGUGGAGAGUUUUCGGAAUGGAAACGGAAAAGUUAGAUUGUGAACGUAUUAUAAAUAUGUUAGAAGAUAUGUCAGAUAAAGACAUUAAUGAUAGUCGUAAAUCACAUCUUCAAGAGUUGAAAAACAUUGACAAG